CAUAAACUGACCAACAUCAUCUUUAUCAAUAAUCUGGAUUUGCAUCAUUAUUUUUUUGCUUAAAUUUGAUUAAUUUUAAGUUAUCAAACUGGAGAAAAUAUUACCGGGAGUAGAAUCAUCACCAGGAGUUUCAGAAGAAUGGGGCUCUGGUUGGAAAGGUACAAAUUUUAUAGUAGAAAUCGAAGAGGCUGCAACAACCUCUCCUGUAAGUUCAGAUUAUACCAACAGCCGAGAAGAUAUUUCCAGCACAGUGACAAUAAAUACCACAAAUAUGGUAACACAAGGUCCAAAAAUUAUUGUUCGGACGGAAGAGAUUUUAAUAGUUGGGUUUGUGUUAAUGCUAUGGGUCGGUGCUAUUGUUUUAUUCUUUAACCGUUGGGGCAAAAUACGCAUGCUAGAGCCGUAUCAACCGAAAUUUCAACAACAACAUCGAGCUUCCUGCCCUUUGUCCGAUAUAGAUCCCAUACCUCAUCAGCGCUCGUCUGUUUCUCGAAUGUCAAUGGGUUUUGUUAACAAUGUAAAUAUGCCAUCAUGUCAAUUUGCUGCCUAUAAUCCAACGAUAUACUCAAAAGGUUACGCGGCACAUUCUAGACCGCGACAGAACUCGGUAUUUGUAGGUCCAAGCCCAAAUCAAUUUCUAAUGCCAAAGCCACCACGAAAAACCCGCUCUGCCAUGGAUUUACAUUCGAUGGUCCUGGAUGAAACAGCUGAGCAAGUAUAAAAGAAAGUGCAAUUGCAAUUUGAUGUGAUGUGAUUAUUUUUGGCACAUUCUUGUUAAUAUUAAGGUAUUCAUUCACUCUAACUGUAAAAGAAAGUCUUACCAAUUAGAAACCUUUACUAACAAGGAACACAUUUUUAAAACCAAAAAAAUAAUGGAACAAAAAAAAACAUAGUUAUGUAAAGGCUCAAUUACUCUAUAUAUCUUUAUACUAAGAAUACAUAUAAUUUAUUAUCUUAAAUUAUCUCUUUUUCUACUGUCUU